CGCCGCGCCUGGUGGAGAUUGGAAAAAAAAAAAAAAAAGAGAAGAAGCCGCCCAGCAGAGGAAGGAGAGAGAGGAGCAAGCUACACAGUGACGCGGCGGAGGUGUAGUUUGACGCGGUGUGUUACGUGGUGGGGAAGAGAAUAAAAAAAGCCCAGCGAGAUCCCAGCCGCGAACGAAAGCAGUGACGGAGGAGAGGCAGUGUAACCCGGUAACUAAAUGACCAUGGAAUCUGGUGCAGAGACUCAGCAGGGCGGAGAUGCGGCUGUUACGGAAGCAGAAGCCCAACAGAUGACUAUACAGACUCAUCCACAGAUGGCAACACUAGCACAGGUUUCCAUGGCAGCUGCACAUGCAACAUCAUCGCCCCCCACGGUGACUUUGGUACAACUUCCUAACGGACAGACAGUUCAAGUACAUGGGGUUAUUCAAGCUGCACAGCCAUCUGUCAUCCAGUCACCACAAGUGCAGACAGUACAAAUAUCCACAAUUGCAGAGAGUGAAGACUCCCAGGAAUCAGUUGAUAGUGUUACAGACUCACAGAAACGCAGAGAAAUUUUGUCAAGAAGACCAUCAUACAGGAAAAUUUUAAAUGACCUUUCUUCGGAUGCACCUGGGGUUCCAAGAAUUGAAGAAGAAAAAUCUGAAGAGGAGAAUUCUGCUCCUGCCAUUACAACAGUAACAGUACCGACACCCAUUUACCAAACCAGCAGUGGCCAGUACAUUGCCAUUACUCAGGGAGGAGCAAUACAACUAGCGAACAAUGGUACAGAUGGCGUUCAGGGGCUUCAGACCUUAACAAUGGCAAACACAACAACAACUCAGCCUGGAACUACAAUCUUGCAGUAUGCACAGACAACAGAUGGACAGCAAAUACUUGUUCCCAGCAACCAAGUUGUUGUUCAAGCUGCCUCUGGAGAUGUACAAACUUACCAGAUUCGCACAGCACCAACCAGCACAAUUGCACCCGGAGUUGUCAUGGCAUCCUCUCCGGCACUCCCUGCCCAGCCAGCUGAAGAGGCAGCGCGUAAAAGGGAAGUGAGGCUUAUGAAGAACAGGGAAGCAGCACGAGAAUGUCGUCGGAAAAAGAAAGAAUAUGUCAAAUGCCUGGAGAACAGAGUUGCUGUCCUCGAAAAUCAAAACAAGACAUUGAUUGAAGAACUGAAAGCACUUAAAGACCUUUAUUGCCAUAAAUCUGACUAAUGGGGCAGUUGUAUUUAGGAUUAUUUGUCCCCAAUGAGGAGAAACUGGUUUUCCCGCAACCAGAUAAACAUUUUUUUUAUUUUCUAUAUUUCUCCUUUUUCGCAAAACUGCCUGACCCGCAACGAAAGGAUUUCAUUCAUCUGUGCUUUCGCGUUUAAACUGUGAAUGCAUCUUGCUCCUGCCUCCGAACCCAAGUGAGUUAAUGACAUCUUUCAGUCUCCAAGAUCAAGAACAACUUUACGAAUAUUAUUUUUUAAUCAUACCUUUUUACUUGCUUUUCUGCUUUAGCCCUCUUAUAUUUGCUAAGCACUGUUAGUGCAGGGAGAGCUUGUAUAUAUGACGCAUUUGGGCUCCUCUCACUGAAGUUUCUAUUAGUACAACUGUAUACUGUACUUUUGUGACUGGUAACAGAAGCUGCCCUGCUCUACCUACCGUGUUUACUCCAUUAUCAUUGUCCCCGGAGUAGAAAGUUUGGAUGAUGCGGAAAAUGGGAAUUAAAAAAGCAACUGAACCCCAUGUGUCAAAACGACCACCAAGCAUUUGGAACAAAACCAUGUGCUGUUCUUCGGUGCAGUCAGGUGUCUUAGGGGAAUUUAAUUCACUUGUGUUUUGUUUUUUGUUGUUUUUUUUUUAUUUUAUUUUUUUACUUGGACUAUUAUGCCGAGCCAGCUACCACUCAAUUUCAAUAUAGUACAUGGCGCCCAGAAAUUCUUCAACAAACCUUGAAAAGGAUGUCUUUUCUAAGCACACUGAGGUACAAGUGAAAUGUUCUAAAGGACUCAAUGGUCUAAAGAGGAAAAAAAAACUUUAAAGCACUCCUCAUUGCAUCUUCAUUGUAUUAAUUUGCAACAAUUGCAUACCUACAUUUCUAAAGAGGAAUGCAUCAUUUGGACAACCCACAAAUUACCAAAGCUCUGUGGGCAUCGAUUGUUUCUCUGUACCGUACCUCUUAAAUGUCAAAACCCUAUCACCAGCACCCUUUUUGUGGAUAAUUUGGCUCCACAUAUGUAUUUAUGAGGAGAAACAAGCUUUGUUUUGUUUCCUUUUCUUCACUCCCUGUGCUUGGAUUUGGAAAUUGAAAUUGUGCAACAUGGGCUUUUAUUCACUUUUAAAAAUGGUCAUAUAGUUAAGAGCCUGGUUGCACUUAAUAGUUGUGUGGCCAUUGGUUUCUUUUUUUGCCUCUACACACAGCUACAUUUAAAAACAGCUUACUUUGUGUUUGGGAUUUGUUGGUCUUGUAAAAUAUUUUAUGUUGAGUAGAAUUAUCCUGUACUAUUUGAAAUACAUUUUGUAUUUUAAAACUAUGAUGUAUUGUUUGCAUCAGAACAUUUUUUUUUACUUUGUGUGUGUGUAAGAUUUAUUUUGUGCUUGUGUGCUGUUGGCUAUUGUAUAUACCCUAUUUUACAUUUUACACAUGUAUCUAUAUAAAUUUAAUAUCUGCACAGUCAUACAUUUUAAAGAAAAUUAUAAUGCUAUUUUUUUCCAAAUUCUGAGCUAUCCCAAGAAGCUGA